AUGGAGAUAAAAGGAAAUGUGUAUGUUACGUUGCUGAUAACAGAAAAAGUGGAAAAGGGCAACUUUGUAUGGCAGGUACCUGAAAUACUGAAGCUGAUAGCGAGAUAUGAAAAAGUUUAUGUUAAUCAAAACAUAUCUCAUUCAGUGAACGAAUGUAGACAAGAUAAUGAAUACUCACGAUUUUAUUUUAUGGAAAUAUUUGCUCUAGUCAGCCCAAAAGAACGUCAAUUUUGUACAGCAAUAAAAAUAAAAAUACAUCACGCAGCUCUUCAAAACAAACAAAAGGAAACUUUCAGUCAACAAGACAAGCAUAGGCAAAUUUAA